CAGCUAUCAUUAACAUGAACAUUUACAACACAGCUCUCGUCUUCGUUUCGUUCUGUUACAUUUAUUCAGAAGCAUCAUCAUCACAUUACCACAAUCCAAUUCAGUGCCAUAGAGGAGGUGGUAGAGUGUGUGGAGCGAAUGGCCACAGUUACUUCUCUGAAUGCAGAGCAAAACGAAGAGGAAAAACAACAGUAGCUUGCAAGGGAUUUUGCCCAUGUGGAUGCACGUGCGACCGGAAGAGGAAAUGGGUUUGUGGCGAAGAUGGCAAAAGAUAUCUUAAUGCUUGUAUUGCAGGGUGCUACAAAGUGAAGAUAAAAUGUAAUGGUCAGUGUCCGUGUGAUCGGUGUCCAAGGUGUCCAACACGUUCCCGUCCUGUGUGUGCGAGCGAUGGUCUUCCAUAUCACAACUACUGCCAUGCACGCUGCAAGGGAUUAAAGAUAGCUUGUCGCGGUAAAUGCCCGUGCAGAAAGCGUUGUAAAUGUAAACAUGAGCACGCACCUGUUUGUGGAACGAAUGGGAAAAGUUAUGGAAACAAAUGUCGUGCAAGCUGUGCAAAAGUUGAAGUAGCAUGCACAGGGCAAUGUCCGUGUGCACCCCCUUGUGUUUGUACUAAGGAAUACGCCCCUGUGUGUGGAACCGACAAAAAGACAUACGGCAAUAAAUGUAUGGCAGGAUGUGCAAAAGUAGGAAUAGCUUGUAAUGGAAAGUGUCCAUGUCCUCCACCUUGUGUUUGUACUGAAGAAUACGCCCCUGUAUGUGGAAUAGACAAAAAGACAUAUGGCAAUAAAUGUAUGGCAGGAUGUGCGAAGAUAGAUAUAAAAUGCAAAGGAAAAUGUCCAUGUAAAGAAGACUGUGUAUGUACGGCUCACUAUGAUCCUGUUUGUGGUAAAGAUAAGAAGACUUAUGGCAAUGCAUGUGUAGCUGGUUGUCAUAAGGUUGACGUAGCGUGUAAUGGAAAGUGUCCGUGUAAACCACCAUGUAUGUGUACACUAGAGCAUGAUCCAGUAUGUGGACAAGAUGGUAGAAAUUAUCCAAACACAUGUGCCGCUGGCUGUCAUAAUAUCAAAGUUGCAUGUAAAGGUGAAUGUCCUUGUAAACCACCAUGCAUUUGUACAAAGGAAAUUGAUCCUGUUUGUGGAAAAGAUGGUAAAGAAUACAGUAAUAAAUGUGUGGCUGGUUGUCAUAAAGUGGGAGUGGCUUGUAAGGGGAAAUGUCCAUGUAAACCACCAUGUGUCUGUACUUUAGAGUAUGCUCCCGUUUGUGGAAAAGACGGGAAGACUUAUGGAAAUAAAUGCCAAGCGGGCUGUCAGUGA